AUGCAGUUCUCCAUCACCACCAUCCUCGCCUUCGCCGCCACCGCCGCCUUCGCUGCCCCCCUCGAAGAGCGCCAGGUCGGCCUCUGCUCCUCGGGCAACCCCGUCUGCUGCGCAACUGAUGUCCUGGACCUCGCUGACUUGGACUGCGCUGCUCCUUCCAUCACCCCCACCAGCACCGACGAGUUCAUCAAUACCUGCGCUUCAGCGGGCCAGCAGGCCAAGUGCUGCCUGAUCCCCAUCCUUGGCCAGGCGCUUAUCUGCUCGGAUGUCAACCCUACUGCUCCUGCUCCUUCUGCUGCCUAA